GCCAGUCGCCCACAACUUCACACCAGUCCAGUCAACAAUGAAUUUUCGGUACUUUCUUGUUUGUUUACCAUGGUUUACUGUUUCGUAGUUUUCAUGUAGGCUCGGAGAAAAGGUGUGAGGAGUCAUUUGAAGGUCGCAUCUGCGACACAACUAGACAGUAGAAAGCUCGUUUCCUUUGCCCGCACGAUGUCCAAUGGAGGAGGCAGUGCGGAUAAAUCAGGCAGCCAUACGUAUCACAAGAAGACGUUUCGACCUGGCAGUGUAUGCCAUUACUGUGGAGAGCAUGUCUGGGUUUCCGGCUAUACCUGCAAAGUCUGCCGGUUUGUCACUCACGAAAAGUGCAUGAACGAUGUAACAACACCCUGUACAAGCGUGGCUCCUGUUCUUGUCAAGGACCCCGUCGCGCACCGCUGGGGAGAGAAACAAAAGUUCAAGCGUACUUUCUGCAAUGUGUGCAGGAAGCGAAUGGACGACAGCCUUGGAUAUCGCUGUGAAGUCUGCAAGUACUAUGUACAUGCUAGCUGUAAUCAGUUCUGCGUGCAGGACUGCAAGCGUGUGGCCACGUACAAUCCACAUGUGCCCCCAGAAGAGUUGGGAGUGCAGCUGCAUCACUGGAGAGAAGGCAACCUCAAGCCAUCCUCCAAGUGUGCUGUGUGUAAGAAUGUCUGCAGCUCCCAGGAGUGUCUAGUGAGUCUACGCUGUGCGUGGUGCUGCAAAACCGUGCACUCCAGCUGUCGCCAGUUUCUGGAUAUCUCCUGUGAGUUUGGAGCUUUGAAGCACCUGAUGUUGCCUCCAGCAUCAGUGUCGAUGCCGAACAUGGCCAUGACUGUCUCGGGCCCCUCAUCAUCCCGGAGUAGUAUGUUUGGCAGCCGCGAGGACUUGUCAACUGACUGUGUAUCGUGUUCAACAGCACUAGAAGAUACAGUGAGCAUCAGUGAUGCAAACAGUGAUGGAAUGUCGAUUUGUAGCAACACGAUAAAGCUGAAAGUAUACGAUGGCCAUUCCCGGCGUCAGUAUAAGUCUAUACGUGUGUCGUCUGAUGCUACGGCAACGGAAAUCCUGUCCUGUGCCCUGCAGGAGUAUCAAGUGCCGGCAUCAGAUAGCAGAAUGUUCAUGAUUGGCGUGGAGAGAGGCGCCAUGGUUGCGCCACUCGAUGACCUAUCAGAGUGUACCGUUGCAGCGCUCCAAAACGGCCCACCGCUCGUCAUACGCUCGCGUUCGUCGGAGAACGAGGACAUGGUUAUUCGGGUCUUCCCAGGCCAGUUCCCCUCCGCUGCCGACUUCAAAACGCUGUCAGUAUCGCCAAUCACCACGGCCCAAGAGGUAGUGGCCACUGCGCUAACCAAGUAUGGCAUACCUUUCGCAGACACUGACCUGGAUGACUUCGGCCUUAUCGAAGUGAACCUUUUCGAAGGUGUUCGCGAGCGGUUGCUGGACACUCACGAGAAGCCAUGGAAGAUCCUGCACGACGCCGGUAAGCGGUCUGUUCGCCAUGUCCAGCUGACGCGCUUCUACCUGAAAAACCUGCGCACGAAAAACAGCGUCCACCUCUAUGUAGGCAACCUGCCCACUAGCUGGGAGGUUGAGCGUUACAGCGAGAAGCUGAAGCAAGCUAUGGGUCUCAUCGGCACCGGCAAAGUGGAGAUCGGUCCUAUCUUCCCAACGUUUGGCGCGGUUAUUAUUCAGUUCACGAACAGCGCUGACGCGUUAGAGGCCUACCUUCAGCUGAAGACGGCUAUGCUGAUCGAGCAGAAGAAACCUGUAGUGAUUAUCAUUCCGGAGAUUGUGCCAGAAAUUAUCAAGGACGACUGCUCGCCUGUGCUGGCCUUUGUCAAUGAGCGCAGCGGAGGCGGCCAGGGUGUCAACCUGCUGACAGCAUUCCGCCGCUUUCUCAACCCGCACCAGGUGUUCAACCUGUCAACCGGUGGCCCACUGCCGGGUCUGUACGCGUUCCGCAACGUGCCGUCCUACCGCCUGGUCGUGUGCGGCGGUGACGGGACCGUCGGUUGGGUGCUCAGCUUGCUCGACGAGCUGCGACCGAUGCUGAAGUGCCAAUCGCCAGCGGUGGCCGUCAUACCCCUGGGUACGGGUAAUGACCUGGCGCGCGUCAUGAAGUGGGGCUCUGGUGUCGGCACGUCCAGCAGCAAUGUGCUGGAGCUGCUGAUCGGCAUCAACGAGAGCGAGACCAUCUCCAUGGACCGGUGGGUGAUCCGGUUUGAGAACGACGCCGGGGCCACGCGCAGCGCCGUCGACAACCUGAUCACGUCCGAUGGUGAAGCGCACGUGCCAGGAGAAGUGGACGCCGGCCUCAUGACAGUCGAGUCCUUUCUUGCGUGCUCCGUGAACCACUGGUCCACGGCCAUGGAGGAGCAGUCGCAAACGUUCAUCAUGAACAACUAUUUCGGCGUGGGCAUCGAUGCCGACAUUGCCCUCAAGUUCCACUUGAAGCGCGAGGAAGCCCCGGAGAAGUUCAACAGCCGCAUCCACAACAAGGGGAUGUACCUGAAGAUGUCGCUGGCCAAGAUGAUGCAACGUAGCGGCAACCUCUGCAAGCAGCUUCCGCGCGUGCUCUCGAUCGAAGUGGACGGUGAGCUGGUCAAGAUGCCCAGCGGUGUGGAAGGCAUCAUUAUCUUGAACAUCAGCAGCUGGAUGGCCGGGUGUGACGCGUGGGGAUCGGAUCGCGACGACAAGUUCAAGCCGGCAGCGCUGAACGACGGAAUGCUGGAAGUGAUCGGUGUCCAGGGCGUGAUGCACCUUGGCCAGAUCCAAGGUAACAUACGCGGCGGCCUGCGACUUGCGCAGGGCUCCAGCCUCGUCCUGACCAUGGCUUCGCCAAUGCCCGUGCAGAUUGAUGGCGAGCCGUGGCUCCAGCCGGUCAGCCGCUGCACGGUGCAGGCCGGUCACUCGGCGCAGAUGCUGCGACGACUGAAGAAACAGCACUCGGGGGCCACCGCUAACAGCUGAGCAGUCAGCCAUAAUGUACGUGAGUCUCUCUCCUAUUGCUCCUUGUUGAUAGUACGCUAUGUCGUUGUGGCUGCAUUGGAUUGCCAUGCUCGGCUGCCUUGCCAUGGGCACAUCGUGUUCUCUCUUCUCUCUCUUUUUUUACGAAACCCGUCCGCUCUUCCCAGUCUGUACUGAAACGACUUGAGCCCUCGCCUUGAGUGUACAGCUCCCCCCCCCCCCCCCCCCCGGUCCGUCUGUCCGUUCCUGUUUCCCUGAACUUGGCUUCAUCCAUCUUCAUUCUGUCUUUCGUCAGCAAGUCACUGUCGCUGUCCUGCAUGUACAUAGUAGCUAUCUGAACACACAUUUCUUAUCCAGCUGGCUGUCUGUUAAACGCUCUUUUUUCGCCCCUGUUGUAUUCCGUCUCAUCCGUCCUGUUCGUGCAACCUCCCUGCCCAUACUCGACACAUAGCAAGCAAGCACACCCGUCAAAUUAUAGUUUGUACGACGUACACGCAGUAAACAUUAUCAUUAUAUUUAGAGAACGUUGUACAGUCCACCUCUCAUUCAUGCCCACCACGUAUCUGUUUUCUCUGGCAUAGGAUAGCUGUGCAGUGCAGCAUGCGUGCGUGCUGUCGUUGCUCGCUCGCUCUCUGCACAGCGACCACCUUGCCAGCCAUACCUUUAUCUACUAUCCAGCAUGCUAAACAUCCUAGGUUCAUGUGCUUGUUCAUAACUACAAUCUAAAAUCGCUUUUCUUCUCAUCAAAUCCCAUACAGCUAAUGAUAAACUGCUCAGCUCUGUGCUUUCCUUCGUCUGCAUUAGAGGAAUUGUUUCUCCCUAUCAAGCCUCUUCUCUUCCAUUAUCCCUAUCUUAGAACUUAAUCGUAGCUGUGUAUGUGUUUCUCUUCUCUCUCUCUCUCUCUCUCUCUCUCUCUCUCUCUCUCUCUCUCUCUCUCUCUCUCUCUCUCUCUCUCUCUCGCUCUCUCGCUCUUCUUUGUCGCGUCAUGGACGUCGUAAUCGUUGCAUGCAGGAUUGUGCCCUCUGUGGUCCAUGACAAAAACUAGUUCCUCAUUAUA